GCAGCCCCGGUUGCGAAGCUCGCUGAUCCUCACCCGCCGCCUUGGUCGCCGAGAUGUCCACGGGUACGCCUGCAGGGUCCAGUGCUGCCGCUGGCAGCAGCAGAAGACUUCAGCAGACACAGAACCAAGUAGAUGAGGUGGUGGACAUAAUGAGAGUCAACGUGGAUAAGGUCUUAGAGAGAGACCAGAAGCUCUCCGAGUUAGAUGACCGAGCAGACGCACUGCAGGCAGGGGCCUCUCAGUUUGAAACCAGUGCUGCCAAGUUGAAGAGAAAGUACUGGUGGAAGAAUUGCAAGAUGUGGGCGAUAGGGAUCAGUGUUCUGGUCUUCAUCAUCAUCAUCAUUGCUGUGUGGAUUGCUACUUCGUGAAGAGCCGGUGAGGACGCAGCCUGCGCUUCAGAAGAUGUCUUCGAGACUUUUGACUUAGAACCAGCUGUUAUCAAGCCUACCUUCUGUUUUGUAUGGGUUUUUUUGUUUGUUUGUUUGUUUUGGUUUUUUUGUUCAUGUGAAGUUCAGUUUCUAGGAAACAUGCCUUUGUUCUCUGAUAUGCACUCCAGGCUAGCAGUGGGCCAGUCCUGCCCACGUUGUGCACAGUGGCCACACGGGCCCAAGGUGACAGAGACCUCCUGAGCCCCAGAGAGCUCCUCACAUACCCAACCUUAUCACCAGUUCAUGGCCUUGACUCCAGUUAAGGGAGUUUGUUCCAAGUUAAGCAUCCCUGUCAUAUGCCACCGUCCUUAGUUCCACAUUAGCCUCUCGUUAAUCCCAUUUCCAAUCUGUACCUUCAGAAAAGACACUACUCUUUAGCCCACGUCUGUGACAGUGACGGCUGCGCCUUAUCUGCCUGUAGGACUCUCGGUGUCAGCACAGCUGACCCCUGCUGUGCUUCAGGAUGCUGAUGUCUGAAGAUACUUCCUUGUUAUUGUCACAUGUCACCUGCUACAGCUGUUAGCCAGAAAUAAGAGCAUUUAACAAAGCUUUCACAGAGCCAUAGGUAGGACCAAAGUGCCUAUUGCCAAAAUGUUAGAUACAGAUAAAAUCUCCUUAAGUCUGCUCCUGACAGAUAAAUUCAGGAAGUGCCAAAUGAAACCUAAGGUGCCUUCAAAACUGAACAAAAUUGUCCAGGAGCCGUGUCCAGCCCAGAAGCCUGGAGUACACAGAUGUGUGGCUCCACUUGCGUCUUUCCCACGCUGCCGCCGUGGGGCUGGGCUUACCUCUGUGCCUUGCACAUGGUCACCGUGGCCUUGCUGUGCUUCUAAUGGUGGUGUGAGCCUCCAGACAACCUGUGUGAUCACCCUCUGGCCCAGGCCUCACACGUGAUGGCUUUGGGAGUCUGGUGUGUAUCCCAUAGCCAACAGCACACCUCUGGGGCGUGCCUGCACCGGAUGCUGCCACCUGAGAAACGUGUGCAGGGCAGACUAACCACAAGCGAUGGGGCUUAAAGAGGGAAGUCAGGCCCAGAGGCAGAGGGAGAGAGGGGCUUUGCCAGUCUGGAAUAUUCUCAAGCUCUUGUUCCCAGGCUGUUCUGACUCACAGAACUACAGCUAAGGGACACCUGCAUCCAGGCGCCCUUCCUUAGUACCUGUACCCUCACAUUGCCAAAGUGGCUUUCAUCCACGGUGAGCCCUGCCUGUGUCCAGCUGCCCGAAGAAAGCCUAACCUCUGUGCGGGGUCUCUCGCCCUGUCUGACUCACACCUGGUGCUCGCCCUGGCCUCUCUGCUCAGUAACCCACUGGCUCCUGCAGUAACCGAGGAAUACCUCACUCCUGUCUGCAUGCCCGCUGUGAUGCUCUGAAUAAAGUAUUCACGAACAUGG